AUGAGCCACCGAGGAAUUUCUCCAAGAUACAAGAGCAGCUAUGUAGUGCAGGCGAUGUACCUUUGCGCUCUCGAGGAUAUACCCAAGUUUGAAGAGGAUCCCCGGAUUUUACUCUUACAAGCUAAUCCCCGUGGUACCGGGGAUUGCGUCGAUGCGAAGAACGACGAUCUCGACGAGGGAGAUAUCGAGACGGUGGUCGACGCUCAUAAUUUUGAUCGCGUCGUCAUAGCGAACGGCGAGAAGAGCCGUGGUAAUCCCGGGCCACAGCCCGCCGUUAGGACCAUGAUGGAAUUGAUCUGGGACGACGAACUCGCCGUUAUAGCGCGUCGAUGGGCGUUGCAGUGCAAGCUCUUCCUGAAGGAUCAGUGCCGAGACGUUGGCGCAAAACGAUUUGGAGUAUGGCAGAACGUAAACGUGCUCGACAUGGACAGCGUGGAAAGUGGCACAGAAAGAAUUCACUUUCAUAUUGCAUCGUAG